GGCUACGAUCUGCGAAGUCCUAUAGCUCACUGAAGUCAACAUAACGUAGGAAGAGGCUCAUCUCCAGCCACAAGGAGCAGACGUCUACUGGGUCCGGCUGUACGCCGUGUUAGGCGAAGGUAACCACAGGGCUGAACAGCGACCUUGUGCUCAGAUGGCCUACCUCCCACCCCCUAUGACAACACCUCCUCUGGAUUGGUCAUUCUCCCCGCCAUCUCGCCAGAAAACCCUUCGGACAGCUUCAAAUCAGUCACAGAAAUCUGCCUCGGGUCUCAAUAUCAAGACGGACGAUGUACACUUCCAAAACCAGCUACAGUUCCAGGGCAGGAAUCCGGUAGCUUCAGCUACAACCCCGAUUCAAAUUUCGAACCAUCCUCCUGGUACCAAUAAUGGAGACCAUCCAAAUCAUUACUCCUUGAACGAUUCGCCAAAUUCGUUCCAUAUUCCCUCGUUUACAAACUCCCCAGUACAAGCAAGUCCGCCGAAUUCCAGGCAACCUCAGACUGCUAGCUCAAGUCACUCUGGCUCAAAUCCUGGAAUACAUCAUCAUAACUUAUACCCUGGGGCUGCAAGCGCCCAUCAAUCCACCAACUCUCUUUCGAGACCUCGGAGAGGACUGCUUGUACCAGCUCAUGCGUACCUCCAGAAGAAUACCAAGCAAGCCCGGGCAUUUGCUGAGAGAUUUGGGAAGUUCGACUAUGAAGGAGAAGUCAAGGUUGGAGCCGGAUCUGGUGGAACGAACGGAAAUGCUGGGAAUGCUACUGGGUAUGCCAUCUGGGUAGUAGAUAAAUGGGUAACAGACUCGACAAGACCCUUGAAGACUAUCAUCGUGCCGACAGCAGCCGCUGCAGCAGCAAAAUCUACCAACUCGCCUUCUACGUCGCAUAAUACCCAGACAUCCCCUCGCCGUACAUCAUCGCCCACUGAGAAGCAAUCGACUACUUCCGCCUCGACCUCUCCCACUGUCACUGGAUCGAACCACACUUCGCAAGUGCAAGCAGGGACAAUCACCCUACAUCUUCUCACACCGCAAGCGACCUUGAGCGAUGUUCAAGCAACGAGAGAGAUAGAAGCGGCAGUGCGGCUCCUGCGACGAGGUAGAGAAGGAGCCGCACUCGGUGCAGGAACUAUAGGUUCUGGCGGGAUGGGAUGGGAAGAUCGAGGUAGACUCGGUCUGGGAGGAGUUGGUCAGGGCAGUAUGGGUGUAGGAAUAGGAAUGGGUGCCGGUGGAAGAGGUAUCGAGACGGAAUGGGGCGUCAUGGUAGUGACCUCCUUGUCAAACCUCAGACAGGAUGUACAACCUAUUCUUAUACCCUCUGGCGAUCUGCGACCCGCUCUCCCGCUCAUCGAAACUCUCCUAAAUCUCCGUCGACUAGGUUCUUCCUCCCGACAGUCGCUCUCACUCGAAUUACCUUCUAAGGCGACUCAGUACAAGUUCUUUUCGCUUUACCGGUUCCAGCAAUCCGGUGAAGGCGGAUCAGGCAAAUUUGAGCGCACGGUCGACGAACUGGUACGAGUCCUCAAGAUCGCACUCGCCCUUUGGGGCUUGUCCGAGCCUGACGAUGACGAAGAGGGGAAGGAACCGGAAGGUCUAUGUACAGACAAGAUGAUCGAGAGGCUGGGAAAGUGGAGGAAGAUGAUCAAAGGGCUGAAACAGGAGGAACUUUCAGCUACAUUAGGAACAGGCACUUCAGAAUCAAUGGAAGAAGUUCUCACUGCGCACGGGCCUGCCAUCGUUGCUAGCUUGUUGAGCAGCAUCACUUCUGCGCGUGUCAAGUUGGCAGCCUUAGAUCUGGAAAGAGUGCCUAGGGACCCUUUCACGAAGCGAAGAGACUUUCAGGCAGCGAUCAUAUUCUUUCAGCGAACAUAUAUGCAUCGAGCGUCUCCCUUGACCGACCAUCUCGACAUAGAGAUAUACGCGGCCAUCACCGAGGCGUAUAAUAAAGAAAGGCACCAUGACCAGACUCGCAUCACCCGCAUGCUGAAGAAUCAGGUCACGCAAGCCGGAUCCAAUAUCGUGUCAAAUCUAAAUAUCGGUCUGAGACGAGAGCGAGAUCGAGAUUCCGACGAAGAGACCUACGAUACAGCUGAUGACGGGAUCGAGGCGACUGCGGGCAAUGGAUCAACUUCGGCACCAGACGUCGUCACCUGUAAUCUCGACUGCUUUGUCAGGCUGGUGAUCACCGGGAAGUCUGGAGUAGGGUACGGUCGACUGCGUGCUCUUUGGACAGAUAAGGUUGCGGAACACCCAAGAGAAGGGCGACGACACCACCAUCUCGUCCAUCAUCGGGAACAUCAAACCCAUCACGAUUUCGCAUUUGACAAGUCGGAUCAGCGGGAGACGGCUGGAGAGGCCGAUCUCGAUACUGUCGAGGAGGCGGUUUCUCCAGAGCGGCGAGACGGGCGGCGGCACCUUCGUCAUAAAAGCUUGACAACCAGGAAGGGGACCUUGCGGAACAUGACAAGCAAGACCGGUCACGCUCUGAAGGAUUGGGCUAGCCGACGGGGUACGCUUUUUGCGGAUUCUGGAGAUGAACAAUCAGCGUCAGCACCGCCAUCAAUCGCCAACUUCAGACCGACCCCGUCGAGGCAGCCGUCCGUACCGGUUGUCGUCCUCCCUGAAGAAGAGGAAACAGACUUCAACGACCACUCGAAUUUGCGCAAUCAUUCCGAUGUCCACUCGUCUCACGGUUCGCACAGAGCGGCUUCGGAUACAUCCCGACCGAGCAUUAUCACAAAUGCCUCGUAUAUCGAAUCAGACACGUUUGACGAAGGUGGGCCAGAUCCGGCAGGCUAUCGAAGCUACAAACCGGAUCCGAUCAACCGCACGUCAAUCGUGAGCGACAUGAACAGCAUACCGAAAAGCAAGACGGAUCGGUUCCUCGGCGGGCGUCGUAGGCCUCUUGAACGGAUGGUGACAACUGGAAAUUUCAGAAAAGCCAUUGCAGCUGGUGCGGAAUGGCUACAUGGGGGGCAUAAGGACUCAGUUUAUGAAGAAGAGCUCGUCAAACAGGUUCGCGAACGAGGAUUACAUCGCCGAUGGAGCUUUGAGACACCAAGACUGCCGGGACAGAUCGUACACACUCCCCAUCGAUACUUGCAAAUUGACGUUCAACUCUGUGCAAGAGUGUGGAUCAUGCGGCAACGCGAGCGGGAGCUUCGGGAUAAGGCAGAUGCAUAUGCUGUAAGCUGAGAUUAGUAGAUGCCCGGUACCGCUCAUUGACGCUUGGAUGUUUGCAGGCUUUGGAGGAUGCGGUUUCGAAUACGGUCACGAUCUACGUCCAGGAAAUCAAGAUGCGGCGCGCCAAGAUCGAAGCGCUAGAAGAGGCGGCACAAGGACUGCUAA